GCCGACCGUCUCGGUGGCCGGGGCUCAGAUGAAGAAGAAGAGCGGCUUCCAGAUUACCAGUGUCACUCCGGCCCAGAACAACGCCGGCUCCAACAACAGCAUCGCCGAGGACACCGAGAGCUACGACGACAUGGACGAGUCCCACACCGAGGACCUGUCGUCCUCCGAAAUAUUGGACGUGUCCAGGGCCACCGACUACGAGCCGGAGAGGAGCUCGUCGGAGGAAACGUUAAAUAACGUCGGGGAUGCUGAGACUCCCGGCGCGCUGUCUCCCAACCAGCCCCGGCUCCCUCAGCACCAGACUGCUUUAUUUAAUGGGAGUAUCCACAGCCUUCACCCACCGCAACACCAUCACCCUCCUCACCAUCACCAACACCAACAACAACAACACCACCACCACCCACGCCAUGGUGGCAGGACCCGGGUUAGUCGGUACCGCUAAUGCUGCUUCGGGAGGAGUCAUCGCCUCUGCAAAUGUUUCGGCGCCCACCGCUUCAGAAAAAAAUGGAAUCCAU